AAGGAGCCGCUAAGGCAGGCCACUACUGAAGGAGCCGCUAAGGCAGGCCACUACUGAAGGAGCCGCUAAAGCAGGCCACUACUGAAGGAGCCGCUAAGGCAGGCCACUACUGAAGGAGCCGCUAAAGCAGACUGAGAGGAAACCUUAAAACGUGUCACGUCAGGAGCAAAAUGGCUGUUAAAGAUUACGAUCAUUUGUUUAAACUGCUUCUUAUUGGGGAUUCAGGUGUUGGGAAGAGCAGCCUGCUACUUCGGUUCUCAGACAGCUCUUUUUCUGGGAGUUAUAUUACCACAAUUGGAGUUGACUUUAAGAUUAGAACUUUGGUUCUUGACGGGGAACGAGUGAAACUACAAAUCUGGGACACAGCUGGUCAGGAGCGUUUCCGCACCAUCACUUCCACAUAUUACAGAAACACUCAUGGAGUCAUUGUGGUCUAUGAUGUCACCAACCCUGAAUCCUUUGUUAAUGUGAAGCGCUGGCUGCAUGAGAUCGCUCAGAACUGUGACACUGUGUGCACCGUGCUAGUGGGCAACAAGGAUGACGAUCCAUCUCGGAAACGUGUGGAGUCUGUGGAUGCUAAAAGGUUCAGUGAUCAGAUGGGAGUCAAGCUUUUUGAGACAAGUGCCAAAGAGAACCGCAAUGUAGAGGAGAUGUUCCUGUCUGUUACGCGCCUGGUCUUGCACAUGAAGAGGGAGAACCUGGCCAGGCUGCGGCCGAGCGAAGUGGUGACCAUAACCAAGACUAAGAGGAAACCACAUGUGAAGAGAUGCUGCUAACCCUGACCCGCUGGAGAGGGGUUGGAUCUGGGUAGAACUGGACUAUUUGGUUAGAUCGGAACUCUCUGUGUAUGUGUUCAGUACUGGGCCACCUGGAAGAAACCACUGGGCAGGGGUGCAGGGCUAGAACACUAAGGGGACAGGGUGAAGGGGCAAAUGGAGGAAUGGAGGCACACUGGCACGCAAAAGGCACACAAGAAGGUGACAAGUAAGAGGAUACUAAUACAAUUAGAGGGUAGCAGUGAGGGCGUGUGCGGGAGGCUCAGGGACGAGAGUUUGUAGGGGGGAGUGUGAUACGCAGUGGAGAGCAGGGUGGAAUGAAGUGAUGGAAGGAUAGAUGAGAGCCCGGCCAGAUGGAGGUUCAGUGAAGACCUUUUCAUGAGUGAGUUGAGGCUGUUAAAUUAGGGUGAAGUCCUGUGCUUUGUAAGGGGUCCAUAUCAGAAUAAGUCUUUCAUGGACUGUGUGUUGCACUUUAUUAAUGCAUAGGUUAUGGGACCAAAAAGUUAAUUUCACUACUAGUGGUUGCAGUGUUGGGAGGGGGAUUCAGUAUCCGCGGGGGAGGUGGGAUUUCUGUAUACGA